AGGUGGACUACCUGGAGGGGACCCCAGACAUACAGCACCCUCUGUUGGCGAUCAGGGGAUCAUGUCUCAGCAACCAGGGUCAGCGGGAAAUGUGAACCUUGCUGGAAUGGAUUUAGCACAACAAUUACAACAUAUUGUAAGAGGAGAACUAAGAAGAAUGAUGGAAGUUCAGCAUCAAAGUAUGAUGGCAAUGAUGGGUGCCCUGGAUGGUCAACCUCCUGUUGCUUGGCAACCAGAAAUUCCUGCCAAUCAAAGACAAGGAUUAUCAAGGUCACCUACCAGGGAAGGUAACCAGGAUCUAACUGCAGAUGAAAUAGGAAUAAGAAAAGGCAAAGGCUCUAUAAGAGGAGUCAUGAGUGAGUUGAAAAAUUUACAAAUGACUGAACAAAGUGAACUGAAAAGAAGAAAAUCUAAACCUCAUGCUCAAGGGAAAGAGAAUAUAGAUUCACCUUUAAGAAUGUCUGAAUUAAGAAAUGGUGAAAAUAUAGAGGUGUACAGAGUGUCUCAAGAUUCUGGUGUAAAUUUUUAUCCAAACUUUCUAAGGAUUCCAGCUGAACGGGAGAAUGAAGGGGUCAGAUUUCCACAUAUACCACAAGAAGCUUGGGGCCCAAGACAAAGCCAGGCACCAGAACAAGGUAUUCCAAACAUGCCUUUGCUACAUGUUGACAGGACGGUACCUGGUCACAAGUUUCCUGUAAAUCAGAGACCUCAGAUGUUACCAAAAUACCAGCCAGAACCUGGAUAUUUUCAAAGUCAGCUCGGUUUUAGUCCCGCCUUUCCUGGACCUACCCAACAACAACAACAACCACCUAGGCAACUUGAUAGUCCAGAUAGUGGUAUUGGAAUUCCUCUGCUAAGGCUACAAACAGCAGAAGAUAAAUCUAAAAGACAACCUAGGUUUGGAGAGUUACUUCCCCCUAAUAUGAUGAGUGAGAUUGAUAGAGAACAACAACAACAAGAAAUGUUGAGGGAAAGAUACCUUAGAGAGUACCAGGAAUUACAGUCUGAAAAGGCAAAGGAAGAGUACAAACAGACUUUUGGAGAUAGGUUGUUACACCUUAAUCUGAAGCCUGUAAUAGAGGAAGAGGCCAGGAUAUCUCCAAGGAAAGCUCAAACGCCAAGAAAAAGUCCUACACCAAGAAAAACACCAUCUCCUAGAAAAACACCACGCUCACUGUCUGAACAUCUGUCAUCCAAAAGUUCUAAAAAGUUAUCUGCUAGAAAGAAAUCAUCUCCAGAUACUGCUGAAAGUGAGGGUAUGUCUGGUAAAGAGUCAAACAAGGAGGAGGAUAUGGAAGAGGAGGCGGAGUCUGGACAGGAGGAGGAGUCUGAAGAGGAGGAUGUUACAGAGGCGGAGUCAAUGGAGGAAGAGGAGGAGCUUCAUGAUGGAUAUGCUAUCAAACAAGGAGAGUUUGAGGCAUACCUGGCAUUAGAAAAUGCCCUGUCUAAGACGAAGGACACACAUGCCAGGAUACAACUGAAGACUGCAUUAAAACUUCAGAGACAAAGAAUGAUGGAGAACUGGAAAAGGCCAAAGGUUGAUUUUGCCACAAACACAGCAGAGAUGUUGGAUGCUGGUGUGGAUGCCGACUUUGUGCCUAAAGAACCAGCAUAUUUCAGAACUUCAGAGAAAGCUACAUCUAUCACAAAGGAUACAGGUGUCGAUCCUAUACAAGAAGCUGUGAUAGAGUACAACCAGAGUAGACAACCUAAUGUUCUACCACCUGAUAUAUACAUGGGCCUAAGGUUUAAUAGUGAAAAUUCUCAGGAGUCUAGGGGACGUAACUAUCUGAACGUAGUCGACCUUGAUGCCUCGGCUGUUCUGAAUGAUAUAAGGGAACGACCAGAACAAACGGAACCACAGCUUGAUAAAUCCCUGUCACCUGACCAACAACACAUCAGGAAUAGAAUGGCCAUGGAAGAUGAUACCAGACUGUCAUUUGAGCCUCCUGUUAUAGAGAGACCAACUAGAGCAGACCAGCUUACAGUGAAAUUGUUCGAGACAAGGAUGCAGGACCAUGAUAGAUUGUCCCUUGCCAUCAUGCCACGUGACAGUAUGCCAGACUCCAAAUAUGCCAUCAUGCAGAGGUUAAGAGACAUGAACUCCCAGCUGUCUGCCAUUGAUCAUAUGUCAAACAAUAUAGAGAGGGAAUUCAAGAAUACUAGACUGGCACUAGGUACAUUAGAGGAUAUGACAAAUGCCAUGGAGCCAGUAACCAGUCAAGAUAUUAUGGAUGAAGAGCAGCGUAUUCCUGAAAAAUUGGUGAGCUCUCGUGAAGAUGUGUCCACACCUGUACGAUCAACCAAGUCGCCUACACCAAGUGCCAAAAUGACUUCAAGGUCAACUGCAAGGUCAAAGAAGUCAACUUUUGCUGGCGAAGAAAAGAGGGAAAUGUCUGUUGAGCUGGCGAAGUUGUCAGGAUUGAGCGGCAUCAGUGAUAUUAUUGGUGAUAUGGUUGCCAAGGGAGACAUUGAUCUUGAGGAUGUUGGAUUGUCACGACGCGAGGCAGACAGGCUCGUACAAAGGGGAGCUAUCAGACAAGAUCAGGUGCUUGAAGCUCGUGUUAGCUUGGAUGAGAUCAAGAAAAUGGCGGAGACGGCUCACAGAGACGGUGCCCAGGACAAAGAGGCUCUACGUACAUGGAUGAGUAAUAAACGCCAUCAACAGAUGGUGGAGUACAAGCGCCAUCUAGAGGAACUUAGAGAAAGAGAAACAAGACCUUUUAAGCCAAAGCAUGAAGAUUUUGAUUAUUCAAUGACUGGAAAGGAAAAGAAAGCACUCGCUGAUGCCAGAGAGGAAUCCCGCAAAAAUGCCAAGAAAGCCUUUAUGACAAAACGUCUUGAUGAGGCACAAAACUUGCUGGGAAAUAUCCUCAGUGACAAACCAGAACUGCCUAAAGAGUUGCCAGAAAGAGUAACCACUCCAAGACGAAAAACAACGAAAGAUAGGUCUCCAGUUAGUGUUAGGACACCACUGUCAACAAAGAGAGGAACUCAAACCAGAAAACUGCAGGGUAUUUUAAAAACAAGAGAUGUCAGUCCUCCGUACAUGCCAGACUAUGGCUAUAAUAGGGACGAUUAUGAUGACCUUAACAUUGAAGGUGAUUGGAUGAUGGAAGAGCCAACAUAUCAAGAAGAACCUAGGCCAGCUCCUGUACAUCUAGAGAGUGACAGAACUCCUCAUCUACCACCAAGACAAAUUGCUGUUCAGCCGACAAGAGGGCCUUCUAAGGGGAAGAAACCAGGAAUGGUUCCCAAACUCAAACUUAGUUUGGAUGAUGUUCAUGAGGAGGAACCAGCCAAACUGCAGCAGACUGCAGAAACAACAGGAGACCUCACCGAGUAUUACAAAGCAGUGGAAGCCUUGGAUGUGUCCUCUAGCCAGGAACAUGGAGCUUUCAUUGCUAGGCAACAGGUUGAAAAAGAGGCUGAGCCAGAACCUACACCAAAGAAGCCACAUAAAGUCACACCGUAUACAAAACUAGUGAAAGUACAAAGACCAGAGAAGACAAGAAAACAAGUGACUAAAUUUGCGCAGGUGUACAACCGAGAACAAGGAAGAUUGAGUAUAUGUGAGUCGUCUAGAACUUCAGCUAGAACUGAGAUGACAGAUAGAGAGAGACACAUGAUUUAUGGUUCGAAGAGAUUGCCGUCUAAGAAGCCAACAGAGACGACUCCACGCCGGGUGAAGACUUACACAGAGAGGUUACAGGAGAUGAAAUCAGGACAGACGUACUCUACUCCAGUAGCUCCAAAGUCUCAUUUUGGAUCAUCCAUUGCUAGUACUACUGCAAGACCAGGUUCACGUCCAGUCAGACCAAAACAUAAACCAGUCACUUAUGUUGAACAGCUGAAGAAAUUGAAUGAAGGUUAUCAUAAACCUAGAGUUGGAGCAGGAACGAUGACAAUACAAAAACCAAUGAUAAAAUCCCAUAAACCAUUACACAAACCUAAAACCUAUGCUGAACAACUUCAAGAUCUACAACCACAGAAGACUUUCAAAGUUCCACCAAGCAAAAGAACUCACAAACCUGGAGUCACUCGACAGAGACCAUACCGAGAUCCUUACACCAGUAUGGGGGCAGAUAACCUUGACCAUAUGGAGUCAGCAUCUGUGGUCAGUGGUUGGUCAAUGGGAGAUGAUGUCAGAGAUAUACUUUAUAAUGAUGUUGAAAGCUCUAUUGCUGUUGGUCAGUCUGCAUCAUACGCCCCAUCAGAACAAGUGUCCGAUUACUAUGACGCUGUCAUGGGAGAUCUUGGUGAUGAUUAUACAGCUUCUGUCGACAUUGAUGAACUGGUUCAGAUUGCUGAUGGUGGAUCUGUAUCAAGUGGAAGCAUGAUGAGUUUUAUAGAUUGGGACCAAGUUGAUGAUCUCAUAGCAGAUGUUAGAUAGACUGUGAUAUUUAUAAAGCAAAAUAAUUUUAGUGGCAUGCUACCAAAUUGUCAUAUUUAUGCUAAUGUUUGCAUUUACAUAUGUAUCGUGAUAUGAUAUUUUAUU